UUAUUAUUUUACUUUAUUCUUCUUUAUUCUAUGUUAUUCUAUUUCUUUCCCACUUUACAGGAACAAAGCUUUAUUAGGAAAGAAGCAUUUGCAAAGGCAUGGUGGACUUAAGCUCACGCAGCAGAUUUCAAGUCACACCUUUAACAGAUGUAAAACACUCUUUUAUACCCUAUCCCUGAAGCAGAUUCCCCCCUCCCCUAUCACUCUCAACACCCAUUUCUAAAUACCGAGGUGCCUAAACCACCUCCCUUCUCAGGAAGUCCUUUGUGCACAUCUACAGUCUGUGCAUGUCUACACUCUUAUCUACCACAAUCUAGUUUUCUGUUAGCAAAGCUCGGCUCCUUUAGUUAUUCGUAUAUUUCCUCUGCUUGAGGUUUCAGUUUGCCAGCAGCUUCUACUUAUCAUUAUUUGUGUAGAGUUAACCUGUCUGAGUUUAUGACUUCCAGGUGGCUUCUCCUACAAAACUUUAGGCUCAUUAGGAAUUUCUGAUUAAUAAUGUACUCCUUUCAUAAUGCAAGUCUGCCAGUGGUGGGAAAAGCUGCUCAGAUGUGCCUAUUGUGGGCAAAGCAUGGACAAUAGAACACAGCUGAUAAUACACCAGAGGAUUCACGCAGAGGAGAAACGGCAUGAGUGCCUACUUUGUGGGAAAAAUUUCUGUCAGAAUUCCUCUCUGGUGCUACACUGGCAGACUCACAUAGACAAGAAAGCAUGUAAGUGUCCAGAUUGUGGGGAACGUUUCAGUCAGAAUUCCAGCCUGGUGAUACACCAGAAGCAGGCAAAUGUGUAGAAGCACAUGGCAUUUAGCACAAAUAAAAUUUCUUCCUUCAGGAAUGAAGCUUCACAGUAGGUGCUCUUGGAUGCAGUCCUGGGCAGCACAAGCGACUGUUGGCUCUCUUGCAGUGACUGGCCUGAUGGUGCUGCCACAUGAUAAAUCCGAGGGAGCCAUAGGAAAUCAGUCAUAAAGUUUUGGGAGGUAGAGAGGUUUUGAUCUCCACUGAGAGUCACCCCUAAGAAAGAUUAUUAUGUAAUUCUGUAAAAACCUCAUGAACUUUUAGGGUUCAGCAUAUGGCUGAUCACAAGGUAAAUUGCAUCGCAUUUUAUUAUUUCACUUGGUUCAGUUGCAACAGUCGGUUGCUUAAAGCCGAAGACUAUUUGAUAGCAUGCAAUAAGUGAAAAUAUUUUGCAAACGCCUUAGGUAGAGAUGAGACAAGUUUGUUUGUUUUUUUCUGCUCCCUAGCGGGAGAUGGCAGUCAAAUAGGUUUUCUCAAAACAGGUUUUUAAGAAGUGACUGGACAACCACCUAUCUGAAAUGGUAUAGGGCCUCCUGCUUGAGCAGAGGGUUGGACUAGAAGACCUCCAAGGUUCCUUCCAGCUCUAUUCUGAUAGAUCGAAUAGGCAACACCUGUCUCUGCAAAGCGGAUACUGUAAUUCAGUAAGCAGGGUCUGUGGUUGAAUUUAAAAGAGUUAAAAUCAUAGAGUACGGCACUGCUAGAAAGGAUGAGGAGAAGGGCAAAGGAACUUCCUCUUUCGGAUCACUCACGGGGUGAAAAGAAGCGGGCGGAGAGGCUUUUGUGCUCUUCCAACGAUCAAAACAGCAGCUGGGAGGCAAAGAGGAUGGCAAUAAGAGCACUCUGGACAACUGAGAAUAAGAAGCAGCGUUGAAAGAAAAUUGACCCAGAAAUCAAAAUAUUUUGCAUUUCCUUCAGAAAGCCACACCAUUCUCCUUCUUCAGCAGCUGAUAGACAAAAGAGAGAAAAUUAAGAAAGAUUUCAAGCUGGAAUAAGUAGAGCAUAUGGAACUCAAGGAUGCAUUACAUGAAAGUCAAGGGAGAUUAUUCUUUAUUCAGUAAAAGGGGGAAAUAUCUGGACGUCACUGGAUAGGAAAAAGUCACUUGGAGAGCCACCUAGGGCAGACAGUGAUGCAAGCCGUGCUCUGGGGGGAAAAAAACAGCUUUAAUUUAAAAAAAAA